GUCGUCACUACCACCAUCCUUUUUAACCGGGACAACAUGGCUACUGCAGCUAACCGUUACUACAGCGAAGACGGCAGGGCAACGAAAAGACAGAAAACCGACGGAAUGGCCACGGGAUACGAAGAUCCGCACAAGACCCUUCCAUCCGUGGUGGUCCAUGUCCGGGGGCUGGUGGAUGGUGUUACAGAAGCUGACCUCGUGGAAGCCUUGCAAGAAUUUGGAGCAAUCAGCUAUGUGGUGGUGAUGCCCAAUAAGCGUCAGGCGCUGGUAGAGUACGAGGACAUGAACGGAUCAUCCACAGCUGUGACUUAUGCUGCAGACAACCAGGUAUACAUCGCCGGCCACCCAGCGUUCAUCAACUACUCCACCAGCCAGAAGAUAUCCAGGCCCGGAGACUCUGAUGACUCGAGAACCGUUAACAAUGUUCUUCUGUUCACUAUCAUGAACCCCAUCUACCCUAUUACAACGGACGUCCUCUACACUAUCUGCAACAACUGUGGGCCGGUCCAGAGAAUCGUUAUCUUCAGGAAAAACGGCGUCCAGGCAAUGGUUGAGUUUGACUCCGUUCAAAGUGCCCAGAGGGCCAAGGCGUCACUCAAUGGAGCAGAUAUCUACUCUGGCUGCUGCACCCUGAAGAUCGAGUAUGCAAAGCCAACUCGUUUGAAUGUGUUCAAGAAUGACCAGGACACUUGGGACUACACAAACCCCAAUCUGGGAGGCCCAGAUGGUGAUGCAGAUGGCAAUGGGAGCAAUGCAGACGAUGUGAAUGCCAACCCUAACAAGCGCCAGAGACAGCCUGCUCUGCUGGGCGACCACCCUCCAGAGUACGGAGGCGGUUACCAUGGUUACGAUGAAAGCUACGGAUCCCCGCCCUACGAAGGUCGUCGUAUGGGUCCACCAAUGAGAGGGCGUGGAGGGAGAAGCUACGGUCCAGGCUACGGACCUCCUCCCCCUCCUCCUGGCGAGUACGGCGCACAUGCUGAUUCGCCGGUUGUCAUGGUGUACGGGUUGGACCCUGUCAAGAUGAAUGCCGACCGCGUCUUCAACAUCUUCUGUCUCUAUGGGAACGUAGAGCGGGUGAAGUUCAUGAAGAGUAAGCCCGGAGCAGCCAUGGUGGAGAUGGGAGACUGCUACGCUGUGGACCGUGCAAUCACUCACCUCAACAACAACUUCCUGUUUGGACAGAAACUGAAUGUGUGCGUAUCCAAGCAGCAAGCCAUCGUUCCUGGUCAAUGCUACGAGCUGGAAGAUGGCACAAGCAGCUUCAAGGAAUUCCAUGGCUCCAGGAACAACCGGUUCACCUCCCCAGAACAAGCAGCUAAAAACCGCAUCCAGCACCCGAGCAACGUGCUGCACUUCUUCAACGCUCAGCCAGAAGCCACGCCGGAGAUCUUCUCUCAGAUUUGUGACGAGAUCGGUGUCAAGGCUCCUGUUAAUGUCAAAAUGUUCACAGGAAAAAGCGGAGCAGCUCCCAGUGAUCGCAGUGCUUCAGGUCUGUUAGAGUGGGAGUCGAUCAACGAUGCUAUGGAAGCUCUGGCCAUGAUAAACCACUACCAAAUGAAAAAUCCAACCGGUCCCUACCCGUACACCCUCAAACUGUGCUUCUCCACUGUUCAGCACGCCAACUGAGCGCUCUUUUGUAUCGAGGAAGCUGAAGAUUGGUCCUGCAUUCCCAUGUUCACGUGUACUUAGACCAUAACUGCUUGCGACACACCACGGGGGAGAAACAGAUUUUCAACAGUCAUGUAUUGUAACCUCUCACAAUGCAGUUGUGAUUCUGUGUAUUUGAUAUAUUAAGCUUAACUAAUGCUAACAAGCAUUUAAACUUUUGAUAUUUAUCCCCCAGAUGUGUGGCAUCAACAUGUUUUCACCCCAGCCCCUCAAUUACUGCCGUUUUUGUUAGAAGCCUCAAGAUGUCAUUGGACGCUUAUCUUCUGACAUAACAGCUGUAUUUGUAACCCUGAGAGUGAGAACAAGUUGGCAUUAGAGUAUCAGUUUUUGUGUGUCUUCAAUAUUAAGUUGUCCUUUUUACUUUUUUGUAUCAUACAGGAACCUGACAUAGAACAUUUAAAAGAUUGUUCUAAGCUCGGGUUGUUCAGUGGCAGUGGACAACAUGGUUUUGUAAAAGCUGUCUUUUGCAACUUUUAUCAAAUUUUUUUUUUUUUUUUGUUUUGUUAUUUUAAUUUGUCUGUUUAGGUCUGCGUCUUCGUGUCUGGUGCGCAGAGAAUUUUGUUCUUACAAAAUAAAAAACAAACUUGAAUUCAAA